GGUGCAGAGCGUGGUCGGAGAGAGUGGUUCCUCGCUGCGGAGAAACCGCACCAAGGCACCUGGACCAUGAGAAAGGACCACAACCGCGAAUCACGCCAGUUUUCCUCGGAAGUAAACGCGGACAUGAAUGGGAAAAAUCCUCAAAUCCCACCCGUCCCAAAGAAAGGAACAUGCCCACGUUGAGGAGCACUUUCCAAGGAACGCGUCAGUGCUGCUUUGUGCGAAGGAGCUGGUCUCCGUAGAUGAAUGGAUGAAAACCCUGGAGAACAACAACAACCGCCGUUAGGACACAGUUUGUCUCUUCACUCUUCGUUUGGCAGCCGCUCGUUGUUGUCCCAGCCGAAUUCCACUAUAACGGGAUGCUUUGGCGCUGCUCUGCUGCCAAGGGUUGAGAAAAACGACUGCGUGGAAUUAUGUGCGAAGUUCAGGACGUGAAGAAUGUGAAGAAGGUCUGCGUGGCACCGACCAUCAAGUCUUUCGAGCACUAUGACUUUUCCAGGGCUAAAAUCUGUUGCAGUCUGUCAUGGCUGCUGUCCAAAGCAUAUGGAGCAGACAGCAUCCCAACAGACAUGAAAGAGCCCUUCUACACGGACCAGUAUGAGCAGGAGCACCUCAAACCUCCUGUGGCCAGUCUUCUGCUGUCUGCUGAGCUUUACUGCCGGGCCGCCACUCUGAUCCUGAAGAGUGAUGAUGGUGGUGAACCUCUCGUGGGCCAUGAUGCAGUCAUCCAGGUUCUGGCCCAGCGAGGGCUCUAUGUCACUGACCAUGACAGACUUGUCACCGAGAGGGACCUUCGAAAGAGGCCUCUGCAAAUGAGCGCUCAUCUGGCAAUGAUCGACUCUUUGCUGAUGGCGUACACAGUCGACACUAUGGGUCUGGAGAAGGUGAUGGCUAGCCUUCAUCAGUAUUCAUCCUGCAACUCUGAGGAGGAAAUGCCAUACGAUACAGAGGAUGCAGCCACCACCUGGGUGAACAAGAUAAGCGAGUAUCUGAAAGACAUUGUUGCUGAUGAGGAAAAGAAAAAAAAGGAGACACAGAGUGCAGACGCUGCAGGAAGUCCUCGGUCUCCAACCAAGUGGUACAUGAAGCUUGUGCCUGCUCGCUACAGGAAGGAGCUGAGCAGCACCCAGGCGAUUCCCUGGAUCCCUCCAGUGGACAACCUGCUGAAGGACAGCGCAGAUGGCUCAGCACUUUGUGCUCUGCUGCACUUCUACUGCCCCCAGCUGCUGCCUCUCGAUGAUGUGUGUCUGAAGGAGAACAUGACGCUUGCGGAUCGUCUGUACAACGUGCAGCUCAUUCAGGACUUCUGCAGGGACAAUCUGGACGGCUGCUGCCAUUUCAGUCUGGAGGACAUGCUCUAUGCCUCGUCCACCCUCAAGAAUAACUAUUUGGCGUUCAUGGCUGAGCUGUUUUGGUGGUUUGAGGAGGUUAAGCCCUCUUUUGUGAAGCCAAGAAGUUUGGACCAUGAAGCCACAGAGCCCUCAUCCAUAUUGAAGAAUAUCCCAGCCAUUCCAAUUUCUAAAGCAACUAAGAGGAGCUUCAUGGAAAGACCCCCAAGUCCUGAAAGACCAAGUUUGCCGCUGAGACCUCAACCUCGAAAUUCAGGUGAAAUCAAGAAGUCAACGUCAAUGUCCUUUGUUGAGAGCAACAUUGGUACAUGGCCAAAAGAGAAAAGGCCCGGGCCGUAUGGAGUAUCCUUCGACAUUCCUUUCGACAAAGAUGAAAGCGCUCCUGCACCUCAUUCCGCCACACGUGGUAUGGUCAGGUCUGUCAGCACUGAUGACGGUUCUGGUUUCAAGGUGCACCAACUACCUUGUGGGAUGAAGCGGAACCUGUCCUUCCAGCCAGUGAAUGGCCAAGGUGUUGGCAUUGAGAAGGAGGGUUGCCCAGACAGCUUAGCGGGUAUGGAGCCUGACAGGCGGACCUACCCUAAUAGACCUAGCAGAGUCAAAGCAACCACUCCCUCUGUGGAAGAAGCCCUCCAGAUCAUUCACAGCCCAAGCAGGCCACCCGUGGAAGGUAUCAACAAUGGUUUCUUCUUACAUGGCCCGGACCUCGGCACUGGCAUUGCUAGCUUGGAACCAGUGUCCGAGUUAGACUCUAAAGGGAGCCUGACAGACACCACAGAGGUUGACACAGGUGUCCACAUUCAUACAGAAGACAUGCUGGAUGAGGAUUCCUCACUGAAAGACUGCUCUGUAAACAUGGACCUGGAUGUGGAUACACCCAGCCCUUGCCCAAGCAGUCUGAGCAAAUCCCCCUCCGCACUGAGGAUGACCAACUUUGCUGAGCAGAAGAUGAAAAAAGUCAUUCCAUCGGCAUCUGACUCAGGGCGGGAGAGCAGCAGCUCCCUAAAAACUACACCUGAGGGUUCAGAUUUAGGUCUGCCAUUAUCGGUUUCUUGGGCUCCGACACCUGAACACAGCCCCAUUCAUCAAAAAACCCCAACCGGUCCUAGUAAAGCGUCACCUGUCCAGCUUCCCCGCAAUGACCCCGCUCAGGUCAUGGCAACAGAGAUGGUUCAUCUGAGGAUGCGAUUGGAGGAGAAAAGGAAAGCCAUCGAAGCGCAAAAGAAGAAGGUGGAGGCGGCUUUUACCAGGCACCGGCAAAAGAUGGGUCACUCCGCCUUUCUUAAUGUGGUGAAAAGAAAAGGGGACGGAGCAGCCAGUGGAGGUGAUGAAGGAGGCAAAGUUGAUGGUGAAGGCAAGACUGCGAGUCCCAUCCUGAGGUGUGGCCGAAGCAGUGCGGACACCCCUGACGGGGCAGAGCAAAGCAAUACGAGCUCCUGUUGGCCAAAGUCGCCUGGUGGCGGUGAGGAGGGCGGGCAAGGCCAUGCCCAGCUCACUGAGGCAGAUCUCACUGAGUAUACCCGAUCCAUUGAUAAACUCAACCAUUCUUUAGCCUUCCUCCAGACCGAGAUGCAGCGGCUGGCUCAGCAGCAGGAAGUCAUCAUGGCCAUGAGGGAGCAGCAACAUCAGACGUGGGUCAUUCCUCCCUCUCACGCAAACCCCUCGCCGCAAAAAUACGGCCGAGGCGGUGCUGUCACCCGAUCAUCAGGACCCUCUUCCCCGGCAGACUCUCCUCGCCCGGCCGACCGCUCUCCAACCAGCAUCAAGCGUAAAUCCGCUUCCUUCCAUUCUCGCAACCCUCGCACCGUUCGCCCCACUGAACUCAAGUUGGCCCCCUACAACCGCGUCCUCACCGCCCCUCAGUCUGUAGAUAGCAUCCCCAGGCUGCGACGAUUUUCCCCCUGCCCCACCACAGCCUUUGUUUACAUGGGGGAGAAGCCAGCAGCUUCCAGUUCUGAGUCAGCCAACAAGCAGACGGAUUUGCUCCUCUCCCCAGACAAGGAGCUUAGUAGUGCAUCUCCUAAAGAGGAGCAAACACAGGAAGGCUCAAAUACUCAAAACCAGGAGCCAGAAACUCCCACCCACGGCAACACCAUUGAAGUGGAAACUGUAGGCGUAGAUAUUAACCCUGCACGGUCGUCACUCUCUGAAGUUCUGGCCCACCCAGUGGUUGAGACCUUCACGGUGGCCCCGACAGAGAUCCCCAUGCUGCCGGAAGUCAAGAGCAACUUAAUUGAGGUUUCUCUGUCGGUCGUGAAGCCGCUGGAAGACCUGCCACUUGAUGACAGCAUAGAGUUGGAGCUCGGAGGUGUGGAUGACAUGGAGGAUGAACAGAGGAUCUGUCGUGGCUUCUUCUUCAAGGAGGAUGGAAAGGCAGAGGACAACAUGGCUCAGAAGAGGGCGGCCCUGAUGGAGAAGAGAAUGAGGAGGGAGAAGGAAAGCCAGCAGAGGAAAAUGCAGCAGGAGGUGGAGCUAGAGCAAAAGAAGGAGGAGGCUCGGUUGAAAGCGGAGGAGGAGCGUAUCAGGAAGGAGGAAGAAAAGGCAAGGAAGGAGUUCAUCAAGCAGGAAUUUCUCAGGAGGAAGCAGCUGAAGCUGAUGGAGGACAUGGACACCGUCAUUAAGACUCGACCAGCAGGCAGCGCCAGACAGAGACGAGGUCGGCCCAAGUCAAACCAUCGGGACAGUCUUGACUCCCCAAAAACUCCCGUCCGAGCUGCCACAGUUUCCACCUUGUCCUUGGCAUCUCUCAACCUGGGGGACGGCGACAGUGUACACUCGGAGAAGAGAGCGCAAAGAAGUGCUAGUUUAGCCUCUGGCAGUCUCAUCUGCUUUCUGAGCUCUCCUAAACGGAGAAGGAGAAGGCCAGAUUCUGCAGAUGGCUUCCUGUCCCCGAGUCGUUCCAGUAGCAGGAAUGGAGAGAAGGACUGGGAGAAUGGAUCCACCACUUCUUCAGUUACGUCCAUCACGGAGUACACAGGACCCAAGCUCUACAAAGAGCCAAGUGCCAAAUCCAAUAAGCACAUAAUCCAGAACGCACUAGCCCACUGCUGCCUCGCCGGCAAGGUCAAUGAGGGGCAGAAGAACAAGAUCCUGGAGGAAAUGGAGAAAUCGGAGGCCAACAACUUCCUGGUUUUGUUCCGAGACGGCGGCUGCCAGUUCCGCUCCUUGUACACCUACUGCCCUGAGACCGAGGAGAUCAACAAACUGGCGGGCAUCGGCCCGAAGAGCAUCGCGCGCAAGAUGAUCGACGGCCUCUACAAGUACAACUCGGACAAGAAGCAGUUCAGCCUGAUACCGGCUAAGACCAUGUCGGCCAGCGUGGACGCCGUCACCAUCCACUGCCACCUGUGGCAAACCAAGAAGCCGCCCACCCCGAAAAAAGUAGUGCCUGCCCCCCAGUCCUGAUGGAGCCUGGACAUACCUCCAUGAUGAUUCCAACACCCGCAUUUUCCACUUCCUGCUCGAUGUACGCCACUGAUGAAGAAUGAUGUAAAUAUCUAAAAACCAUGUCGGAGUCUAGUUUAUGAAGGAAUGUGUGAGUACUGUUUUUAUCUCCUAUGUGCCAAACGUCAAAAAACGAGACCGUACGAAUGCGAGGACAUUUUACUCAACACCGAAUGUUUAUGAUUCAUGUACAGAUUCGUUUCGAUUUGCAAUUUUAGCGUGCGAGUGCCAUGAGGUGAUUGUAACUCGGCUGUUAUUGAUGAGUCAUCAUGUUUUGUAUAUUUAGGUACACAACUCUAAGGGCCAAAAAGAUUGCAUACAGCUAGCGUUCGCCACACACCGCUUGUGUGUUCAACUCUACAAAGUCAAACGGUUUCAGCUUUUCAGGACCCUGUCUUUGGAGGAAUGUGGGCCGUCACUCCAGAUAAAGAAAAACUUUUUUUUCUUAGAUUAUUAUUUAUAUUAAUAAGUGACGGACAGUCCAAAAGAUUUGGUGAUUUUGUUUUUUGCACUUAAAAGUUCUGAAUGAUGUCCAGUGUAAAAAUGGCCAAAGUGGGUCCCUGUGAAGACCCUUUUGACAAAUAGAAUGCAAGAACCCGGUCGGUUUUGAAGGGGUUAUUGUUACGUAUUGAAGCCAUACGUGACUUUGUUUUGAUUUGAUAUUUGACACGACCAACAUAGCUCGGCACAAAGGUUAGGCCAACUUUCUCAGAUAAUUGUGCAAGAUCCCUAUUGGUUUUUAGCAACCAUUGUAGGUUAGGUGAAGCCAUACGUGACUUGGUUUUUAUUUGAUAUUUGAUACGACCAACAUAGCUCAACACAAAGGUUAGGCCAACUUUCUCAGAUAAUUGUGCAAGAUCCCUAGUGGUUUUUAGCAACCAUUGUAGGUUAGGUGAAGCCAUACGUGACUUGUUUUUGAUUUGAUAUUUGACACGACCAACAUAGCUCAACACAAAGGUUAGGCCAACUUUCUCAGAUAAUUGUGCAAGAUCCCUAUUGGUUUUUAGCAACCAUUGUAGGUUAGGUGAAGCCAGACGUGACUUGGUUUUGAUUUGAUAUUUGACACGACCAACAUAGCUCAGCACAAAGGUUAGGCCAACUUUCUCAGAUAAUUGUGCAAGAUCCCUAUUGGUUUUUAGCAACCAUUGUAGGUUAGGUGAAGCCAUACGUGACUUGGUUUUGAUUUGAUAUUUGACACGACCAACAUAGCUCAACACAAAGGUUAGGCCAACUUUCUCAGAUAAUUGUGCAAGAUCCCUAUUGGUUUUUAGCAACCAUUGUAGGUUAGGUGAAGCCAUACGUGACUUGUUUUUGAUUUGAUAUUUGACACGACCAACAUAGCUCAGCACAAAGGUUAGGCCAACUUUCUCAGAUAAUUGUGCAAGAUCCCUAUUGGUUUUUAGCAACCAUUGUAGGUUAGUUGAAGCCAGACGUGACUUGGUUUUGAUUUGAUAUUUCACACGACCAACAUAGCUCAACACAAAGGUUAGGCCAACUUUCUCAGAUAAUUGUGCAAGAUCCCUAUUGGUUUUUAGCAACCAUUGUAGGUUAGGUCCAAUAUAGAUAUAGUACAUGUUUGUUUGUUGCUUAUUACAGGUCAAAAUGUACAGCGAAUUUUCUUAAAAAGUUCAAGUCUGGCUUUUUGUAUCAUACUCUAUUCGUUUUGAGGGGAUUAUUGUUCUGUUUUAAAAUGAUACAUACUUUGAUUUUGACUGAUAUUUGACACAAUAUGGCCAAUAUUGCUCAGCACAAAAUGUGAGCCAAAGUCCUGGGAUCAUUGUGUACACAAUAAGUGUCACGGCAAGAUCCCUAUUUGCUUUGAGAUGAUUUCAUCUUACAGCAAUAAUUGUGCGGAGGUUAAUAGCACUAUAACAGGUCAGAAUUCCAAGGUACUUUUCUUAAAACUUUUACGGUUUGUCUGUUUGUAUUAAAGUCCCAGCAGGCACAAGACGUUGAUACAAGGUUGAUUAUACGUACAUGUCCUUUAAAACAACGUUGUAAAAUAGUUGUAUUUGUCAAUUGAGACAACAGUGGUGUGUAGCGUUGGAUCCACGUUGUUGGUCAAAUCAACGUCACAACCUGACAUUGAAUAAACGUCAAAAAGUAUGUUGUUUCAAUGUUAUAUUUCUGUUGAAAAAUUACCAAAAUUCAAUGGUUAAAUCAACAUCAGAACCCAACGUUGAUUAAAUGUUGUCAAAAAGCAUGUUGUUUCAACGUUAGGUUUGAGUUGCUCAACGUCAGGACCGAAUUGAACAAGUUCUCAACGUUGUUUUAAUGUCUAAUGCCUGCUGGUGUAAGACCUCUAUAGGUUUUGAAGGGAUUAUUGUUCUGUUUCAGUUUCUGACUGAUAUUUGACACAAUAUGGUCAAUAUUGCUCAGCACAAAAACUGAGCCCAAUUUCUGGGAUCAUUGUGCAAGUAUCAUGGCAAGAUCCCUAUUGGUUUUGGACUAAAUUCAUCUAAUAGCAAUCAAUGUGUUGAGGUUGUUAGCACUCUUACAGGUCAAAAUUCCAAGAGACUUUUAGGUCUGUCUGUAUCAAAGUAAGAGCUAUAUUGGUUUUGAAGGGAUUCUUGUUCUGUUUCCAACCGAUACAUGCUUUGAUUUUGACUGAUAUUUGACACAAAAGUUGAGGCAAAUUUCUGCUAUCAUUGCACAGACAUUAAGUACCAUGGCAAGAUCCCUAUUGGUUUAGAACAAAUGUAAUACUUUUCCAAUCAAUGUGCUCAGGUUGUUAGCACCCUUACAAGUCAAAUAUUCCAAGAUACUCUUCUUAAAACAUUAGGUUUGUCUGUUUGCGUCAAAAAAGACCUCUAUUGGUUUUGAAGGGGUAAUUGUUCUGUUUCAAACCGAUAAGUAAUUUUAUUUUGACUGAUAUUUGACACAAGAUGGCCAAUAGAACAUACCACAAAGCUUAAGCCAACUUUCUGGGAUGAUUGGGCAUACUGUAUCAAGCCAAGAUCUCUAUUGAUUUUAGUAACCGUUGUCGCAUAGGUCAAAGAUAAAUACAACAUAUGUUUGUUGUUAGCACUCUUGCAGGCGUAAUAGCACUCUUACAGCUCCAAAUGUACACUUUAUUUCUUUAAAACGUUCACAUCUGGCUGUUUGUAUCAAAGAACUCUAUUGGUUUUGAAGGGAUUGUUGUUCUUUUUCAAUCCGAUACAUAUUUUGAUUUAAAAUGAUAUUGGACACCAGAUGGCCAAUAUAGUGUUAGUACAAAAAUGUAGCCACAUUUCUGGGAUGAUUGUGCAUAUAGUAAUAAGUAUCACGGCAAGAUCCCUAUUCGUUUUGAGCUGAUUUCAACUUGCAGCAAUCCGCGUGCUUAGGUCAAAGGUGGGUUUGUUGUUAGGAUAGGAUAGACUUUACUUUUCCCACAAAGGGGAAAUUAUGUGGUUGCAGUGCAGACGCAAAAUUCCACUAAAAUAAUAUACAAACACAUGAAAACAAGAAACAUUAAAGACCACAAAAUACUUUAAGAUAGCACAACGCUGACGCAACCAUCUGCCACUUCAGUGGUGCCAUUUCUACUUGCAAAUCCAAAAGUAAAACACAACAAAUAAAAGAUCAAUAAAUAAUACAAUUGUACUCCUACCAGUCACAUUUCUCUUUUUUUCAAAAACCAUCCAGUUUUGCUGUUUGUAUCAAAGUAAGAACUCUAUUGGCUAUUAUUGUUCUGUAUCAGACCAAAACUCUUACUGAUAUUUGACACAAAAUAGCUCAGCAACUUUCUCGGACAAUGGCUCAGAUCAAGGCAAGAUUUCUAUUGGUUUUGAACUGUAUUCAGUAUAUAGCAACCAAUCUAGUUUAGGUCAAAGAGAAAUGCAGUGUAUUACAUGAUUGUUGUUAGCAUUAUUACAGGUCAAAAUUCGAGGAAUAUUUAUUUGACUUAUCAAAGUAGGAACUCUAUUGGUUUUGACUGGCUUAUUGUUUCAAACAAUAAUUUGUAUUAAAGUAAGAACUCUAUUGGUUUUGAAGGGAUUACUGUUCUGUAUCAAACCAAAACUUACUGAUUUGUUACUGAUAUUUGACACAAAAUAGCUCAGCAACUUUCUCGGACAAUGGCUCAGAUCAAGGCAAGAUUUCUAUUGGUUUUGAAAUGCAUUCAGUAUACAGCAACCAAUCUAGUUUAGGUCAAAGAGAAAUGCAGUGUAUUACAUGAUUGUUGUUAGCAUUCUUACAGGUCAAUAUUCAAGGAAUAUUUAUUUGACUCUUAUCAAAGUAAGAACUCUAUUGGUUUUGACUGGCUUAUUGUUUCAAACAAUAAUUUGUACCAAAGUAAGAACUCUAUUGGUUUUGAAGGGAUUACUGUUCUGUAUCAAACCAAAACUUACUGAUUUCUAACUGAUAUUUGACACAAAAUAGCUCAGCAACUUUCUAGGACAAUGGCUCAGAUCAAGGCAAGAUUUCUAUUGGUUUUGAAAUGCAUUCAGUAUAUAGCAACCAAUCUAGUUUAGGUCAAAGAGAAAUGCAGUGUAUUACAUGAUUGUUGUUAGCAUUCUUACAGGUCAAUAUUCAAGGAAUAUUUAUUUGACUCUUAUCAAAGUAAGAACUCUAUUGGUUUUGACUGGCUUAUUGUUUCAAACAAUAAUUUGUACCAAAGUAAGAACUCUAUUGGUUUUGAAGGGAUUACUGUUCUGUAUCAAACCAAAACUUACUGAUUUGUAACUGAUAUUUGACACAAAAUAGCUCAGCAACUUUCUAGGACAAUGGCUCAGAUCAAGGCAAGAUUUAUAUUGGUUUUGAGCUUAAUUAAGUAUUUAGCAAACAAUCUAGUUUAGGUCAAAGAGAAAUACACUGUAUUACAUGGUUGUUGUUAGCAUUCUUACAGGUCAAAAUUCAAGGAAUAUUUAUUUGACUCUUAUCAAAGUAAGAACUCUAUUGAUUUUGACUGGCUUAUUGUUUCAAAAAAAUAAUUUGUAUCAAAGUAAGAACUCUAUUGGUUUUGAAGGGAUUACUGUUCUGUAUCAAACCAAAACUUACUGAUUUCUAACUGAUAUUUGACACAAAAUAGCUCAGUAACUUUCUCGGACAAUGGCUCAGAUCAAGGCAAGAUUUCUAUUGGUUUUGAACGGCAUUCAGUAUAUAGCAACCAAUCUAGUUUAGGUCGAAGAGAAAUGCAGUGUAUUACAUGAUUGUUGUUAGCAUUCUUACAGGUCAAAAUUCGAGGAAUAUUUAUUUGACUCUUUCAAAGUAAGAACUCUAUUGGUUUUGACUGGCUUAUUGUUUCAAACACAUCAUUUUGACACAAGUUGGCCAAUACAGCACAACGAUUCUGGGAUGAUUGCUCAUUUGCUCAAAUCAAGGUUAGAUUUCUAAUGGUUUUGAAUGAUAUCAAACUUUUAGCAACCAACGUAGUUUCGGUCCAAGAUAAAUAGUGUGCAAGUCAGCGUACAUUAGCACUUCUUCAUAUCCAAACUCACUGUUGAUUUGAAAGGUCUGCAUGUGUCAAUAUUUUUCUUUGGAAAGUGUGUAACAGAGCAAGAACCCGCAUGAUCAAACUGCAUGUCAGAUCUACUGUAUUAAUUUUUAAUGUCUUCCUUAAAAUACAUUCUUUCACCCACUCAACAUGUUUCAAAUUCAAAGUGAUGGAUUUGUGUGGUGUUAAAGCUGCCGUUUGGGACAGUUUUGUACUUUCACUUUCAGUUUAGAACAAAUUGUACAAUGACAAAUGGUGGAUUGCUAUCAGCACAGAGUGACACCCGAGGAGCAUUUUCUCUUGUGUCAGGAAGUUGUAGAUUAGUAUUUUUGUAAGAUUCACAAGUUGUAAACUCACAUUUUCACUUAUCGGUAAAAAAUGGCUGUGUUUAGCUGCAACAUGUAAAGAUUAGGAAUAUUUUGCUAGUUCUCUCUUUGAAUUGUAGGAAAAUCGUCAAGGCCGCGUUUUAAGGCAGGUGGUGUUUUGCUGCAUACGGGUAUACAACAAUUAAUUGUAAUCAAAUCUGCUGACUUGGUGCAUCAUUUUAAACCGAGGGGGGGGUAUUUAUGACUUUUAUUUCUAAUGUAAUCUAGUAUGUUGGUUAUUGACCACAGGAAGCCAAGGGAAUAUUUAACCUACAAGCUUGUUGUACAUAUCAGUGUUUAUGUGUGCUCAUGUGCUAUAAUGAUGACUUUUUGUUGUCGGAUAACGUGAUGUCUUUGAAAAAACAUGUAAUUUAUUUGUUUUUUGCUGCAUCAAAUAAACUCAGCAUGGCCUCUGAA